UUGCAUAGAAUGUCUGGUUGUAGGUCUACUGGUUGUCUCGUGUUAUAAUUUCUAUAUAGAUAUUUCCUUGUAGACGAUCACUUAUAGUCACUAGAUAUCACCACAUAAUUACCAGGCCUACAUUCAAAUCUACAAGACUUGUUGUCUGUUAUGGAAUUCACUCCAUAGUGUAGCAGUGAUUACUGACUACAUGUAUCUUGGAGCGGUCCAGAAUGGCGUCCGCAUGCCAGGCAACACCGGCCGAGCUGGAGUGUGCCAUCUGCUGCGAGCUACUUAUCGACCCGAGGAAUCUAGAUUGCUCCCAUACUUUCUGCAUGGCAUGUUUGCUCCGUCUGUAUCAAACCAAGCAAGAUUUCAACUCUGUGGACUGCCCACUCUGCCGUCACGUGACUUGUCUGGAGGAAGGGGACCUAUCCAGCUUGCAACCGAAUGUGGGCAUCCAGACUGCGGUCAAAAGCCUGGAGAAGAAAAACGACUCCUUGAAGGAACGUGUGGAGGCUAGGUUGAACAUGCUUCUUGAAUAUGUCUCGCUUAUCAAUGAUGUCGAGGACGCUGUUAACAUCGAUCUUAAUCGAGCUAAGAACGCCAUCGAAGAGGCAUUCAAUGACGGCCUCCAGAGACUGACCGGAAGGAACGAUGAGCUCAUCGAGAAAUGUCUUCACUACAAACAUGACCGUAUUUCGAAGUUGAGUAUAAUGAGAGAGUCCAGCGGUGAUAUGGUUUCGCGGAUCUCUAGUGCCUUUGAGAAGAUAUCUGGCGAUGCGAUGUUGUUGUUGGAAGGCGAGGCUUUGGCUGUCCAUGAGAGUGCAUGCGUUGCGUUACUGAACCUGCUAGAUCAAGACGAACCGGAUGCUUCAGAGGCACAGGCAAUUGCAGAGGACUCUGCCAGUGUGAAAUUCAUGCGUCCUCCAGGACAAAUCGAAAUGGACAUGGGUACUCUUCAAGGAACAGAUACCACAACAACGGACAAAGCAAGGUUUGUCACUGAACUCCCUGUUGAGAAUGAUAAAGUGGCAGGCCUGGUGAUGAUGUCCAACCAAAGAGUCGCUUUGGGAUUCAGAAACGGGGGCAUUCAAAUUUUCAACAGAAACGGUGCACAAGAAAAGAUCCUAGAAAACAUACAAGUGUCGGCUCUUGCUAGGUUUCCCGAUGGGCGUUUUGUUGUGAGAGAUAGAGAUAACAACAUCACGCUGUACACUCAAGAGCUAGAAAGACAGAGCACGACAUUCGAGACAUUGCCUUGGCAGGAAGGUGGGCAAGGGGACAUUGACGUCGAUGGUCAGGGGAACAUCUACGUCAGCUACUGGCUAGCCAUGACGAUACAAGUGUUCAGUGAAGACGGUGGCAUACCUAUCAAGGAAAUAGAUUGCAGUGGAUGUGUACCAUAUCAGCUCUGUAUCCGUCCCAACGGGAAGUAUAUUCUUGUUCAGGAUGGACCAACCGUUCGGGUCAUCGACGAAGGUGGUAUUGAAAAACACGAGGUAACCAAAGGAGGGGUUGUGGGUUAUCCUGCAUUUGACACGGUCCCCUGUCUCGGUGACGAUGUACCCACUAUUUUGAUCGCUUGGGUCAACGACAAAGAAGGACUUGUUACCAUCGACAGUUACACGGACUCUUUGACUCACAAGGAUUCCCUUUUCACGGACUUCAAAGUGGCCAGUGCGUGGCCUUCACGGUGCUUCCUCAAGGUUUCUGAUGAAGGCUUGGUCGCAUUCUAUCGCAAUUCCCGUUUGUAUUUCUUCCACAUUCCAUUGUCCGCUCGUUGUUGCCUUCUUUAAGACUGUUCAGCCAAUGAGCCAUACUGAAAGUAGAGGGUUGGAAUGGAAUUUUCUGACUCGACAGUAUACGUCGUGUUCAGUUGCCUCUAUCUCGGAACAUUCCACAAUUUGGAUCUAGGAAAUUCAGAUGAUAUUUGACUUGCUAUAAAAGACAUGAAGGAACAAGCAAUGCAUACAGACAUGACAAUUUCACCACAACGCAUAUUCCAGGAUUAUUAUGGAACCUAGGCUGUAUUUAAAUAACCAAGCAAAAACUUCUACCAUCUACAAGGCCUUUCCUGCUAAUACGUGUAAGCAUAACCAUAAGGAUACCUUCAGCAUGUUAAACAGACUCAUCCUCUUUGCUCGCUAACGCGAAGCCAAAACAGAGGAAGGGGAACAUCUUCCUUGACCAAGUUAUAUUUUCCUUUCUCUCCUUUGGUCAAGAAGUGUCCUUAGGCUACACGACCUCUCUCAACAGGUAUCGUGAGUUGAUUGUAAAAUCUGUCAUCGUCGAAACGGUGCUCGACAUCGGAUCCUGGUAUCGGGUUGAAAUUGGCGAUGACUUCGGUCUGGAAAUGUUUAGGAUUUUGAUUAAUCAGCAGCGCGUGGUUGGUGUAUGUGCAGGGAUAACGCGGUUAAGGAGGCGAGGGAGAAUUUGGAGUGGAGGGACGUCCGUGUAUUAAGGCAUGGCUGAACAAAAUGAGGGGGGGGGGGGUAAGGAUAUGGAACGAGACUUUGUGAACAUGGACAUUUUACAACAAAGGAAAAGAAAGGUAGAAGGCACAGACAAAAGUAUUUGAGUAAACGUAAUACAUAUAUCUAACUAACCAGUAAUAGUACAAUAUAUAUUUAAACUUACCCAUUAUAAAUGUGAAUCAAGCUUACGGUAUAUAUAAAUGUAGAGAAAUGUUAAAGAUUUGAUAUUAAUGUGCUACAUUCCUUUCAUUUCAAUUUGAAAAAUACAUAAUCGUCUCGUAAAAUCUACUUUAUGAAUGUCAUAAAAAUGACUUCCUGUACAUGAAGAAAUAAAAUCUGUUUAUUUUGAUAAAGAGAUUUUCUGUAAUUUCUUUAACUUUGAUGAAGAAUACGACGGAUUUAUAUUAACGUCUAUCGUCAAACAGCUAACCUUUCUCUUUAAGAUACACCAAGUUCGUUUAAACAUUUCACUUUGUUGAAAAUAAGGACCUGACAGAUGCAUGAGUCAUGAAUAUGACAGAACCGGAGUUUUGUUUCCUAAUUCAAUUUACCCCGCACGCUUAAAGACAAUGCUUCGCAAAUGUAAUUACCAAUCCUAAUAAUUUUCUUUUGGGCCAUUCACAUUUUUUCCCUUUGUGUGGGAAUAAGUUUUUAUGAAUAUCGUCAGAUCCAUUCUUAUGUCGAUUAUGAUAAAUUACAUCUAAUUGCACAUGAUUGAUUUCGUAAUUCUUACCAAUGUUUUUUAAUGGAAAACUUGCAGUGGCUAUUGCCAAGUUCUGGGGUGAAAUGUUAAUGUUUGCGCGCCC